CACCGCUGUCCCCUGUCCCCGCAGCUGACGCCCGAGGAGGAGGAGAAGCGCCGCGUGCGGCGGGAGCGGAACAAGCUGGCGGCGGCCAAGUGCCGCAACCGGCGGCGCGAGCUGACGGACCGGCUGCAGGCGGAGACGGACCAGCUGGAGGAGGAGAAGGCGGAGCUGGAGUCGGAGAUCGCCGAGCUGCGCAAGGAGAAGGAGCGCCUGGAGUUCGUGCUGGUGGCGCACGCCCCCGCCUGCAAGGUCCCCUUCGGCGACAUCGCCGCCCCCGCCGCCGCCCCCGCCGGCCCCGCCGAGGUGAGCAGCCCGGGCCGGGCGGGCCCCGCGCCUCUGCUGCCCCCGGCGCCGUUCCAGGGCCCCUUCCCCGGCUGCUGCCCCCCGCCCGGACCCCCUAACGCGACCCCCGCGUUUGUGUUCACCCACCCAGAGGGAGCCACGUGUGGAGCCUCGCACCAGCGGAGCAGCGGCAGCGACCAGUCCUCGGACUCCCUGAGCUCUCCCUCGCUCCUCGCGUUGUGAACGGGGGGUCCCCACCGCCCC